GGUGACAUUAACUACGUCCGAGUCAGUUCCGAGUUCCGACUGCCGAGUUCUGGGUGUUUUCUUUUCGUCUCAGCCCUAAUUGAAGACGCUAGAAUUUUCAGAACUGUCUCAAUCUCUGUGGAGUGACCCAUCUUGUUCCUUGAUGUUUCUCUCUCAAGCACUCACAGAGACAUUGAAUCUCUCCACGUUUCUCUAGCAGGUCGGAGAAGUUGUUCCACUCGGGAUCUUACUCAAGUUCUGACUUGUCGAACUCUCUGUAGGGACCUACCCUACCACAAAUUGGGCUUCCGCAGGGAAAAUAAAAGCGUAGUCGGAGCUCACAGAUUCGAAUUUCUUUGGAUUUCACAAAAUUUUGAUUGCAGAGCGAUAAAGAGGUGUCAACAUGUUGGGUGGGCUAUAUGGAGACCUCCCUCCACCCUCAUCUGCCGAAGAAGAGAAACCCAACAACACCAAUGUAUGGUCAAGUAGCACCAAGAUGGCUCCGGCAACCCUUCGAAAACCGGUUUUCGCGCCUCCUCAGACGGUUCUGAGAACCCAGAACAAGCCGAAAACUGUCAAUUCUUCCGCAUCUAAGACAGUGACGUCGACUCCAGUCGCAGCACCAUCACCGGUGGUGCCAGAUGAUGCAGCGCAACCCGCUCUUGUGGGUGUACAAUCGACGGUGAUAGAGGAGUAUGACCCGGCGAGGCCGAACGACUAUGAGGAGUAUCGGAGGGAGAAGAAGAGGAAGGCUAGGGAGGCAGAGAUAAUGAAAGAGCUCGAGAGGAGACGGCAGGAAGAGGAAGAGAGGGAGAGGAGGGAGAAAGAAGAGCUGGAGAAGGAGAAGGACAGAGAAUAUGGGGACUCGAGAUUGAACAUUUCCGGGGAGGAGGCAUGGAGAAGGCGUGCGGCGAUGAGUGGAGCAGUGCCAAGAUCUCCAUCGCCACCUCCUAACGGGGAUGGUUUUAGCAUUGGCAAGUCAGAAACGGGCGGGUUGGGGCUUGGUGCAGGUGGGCAAAUGACAGCAGCUCAAAGAAUGAUGGCAAAGAUGGGAUGGAAGGAAGGGCAAGGACUUGGCAAGCAGGAGCAAGGAAUUACCACUCCGUUGAUGGCCAAGAAAACAGAUAGACGAGCUGGAGUUAUUGUCAAUGCUAGUGAUAAUAAGCCGGAAAAGAAAUUGAAGAGUGUGAAUUUCAAUGGGCAACCUACGCGGGUGCUUCUGCUUAGGAACAUGGUGGGUCCUGGCGAGGUAGAUGAUGAACUUGAAGAUGAGGUAGGAUCAGAAUGUGCCAAAUAUGGGACUGUAACUCGGGUCCUGAUAUUUGAGAUAACAGAGCCAAAUUUCCCCCCUGAUGAAGCCGUCAGAAUCUUUGUGCAAUUUGAGAGGUCUGAAGAAACAACUAAAGCCAUUAUUGACCUUGAUGGUAGGUACUUUGGAGGUAGAGUGGUGCGAGCCUCAUUUUAUGAUGAAGAGAGGUUUGGUAAGAAUGAGUUGGCUCCAAUGCCAGGAGAAGUCCCUGGCUUUUUCUGAAAUAAGAGAGAUUCUACUUGUGAUGUCCUAGAAGAACUUGUUAGUGAUUACCGUGAAAACUUGGAAGUGAGUUUUGCACUUCAUUUGUGGUAAGUGGGCCCCAACCUGUGAACAAAAAAAAAAGGUGUUUGUAACAGCAAACAUAGGAUUGUUGCCUAGGGAAUUACUGCAACCACAAAGGUGAAAGUUCCUUAUCAACGAUCAUUUUCUUA